GGAACCGGAGCCGAGUAGAGCAGGGCACGAGGUGGUGGUCGGUAUGGCGGGAGGCUCGAGCGGCGUCUCAUUUCUCGGGGUUGUGCUGCUCGCUGCGAUUCUGUUGCAGACCGUGGCCGUUACUGUCACCGUGCUAUACUUCACUAACGUCCUCAACACGAUGAAGGAGACGUUUGCAAGGAGCAGUGUGUCGUGUCUGACACGGGCCGACCUCAGAGAGGGAUACGUACGCUCCUCCACCGAGGGGAGAGGAGACCCCUGCUGGCAGGUCACACAGCAACUACACACCCUCAUAGAGAAGUCUCUGUCUCAGCGAUAUCAGAGGGAGAUCUCCUCAGCAGUUAGAGGUGAGGUGUCCAGGGUGUUGCCCUCACUGGUGAUGGAGGACCGGGCGCCUUCUCGCCCGAAUGUCGCCGCCCACGUCACUGGCAGCUUGGCUCCCAAAGUAGAGAGGGAGGGAGGAGGUUCUCCGGGAUGGCGUGUGCAGGGGCAGAAGAUCUCGUGGUGGGAGGGGCAUAAAGGGCUGGCAUUCCUUCAGGACGUCCGAUUGGUUGACGGGGAGCUGGUGAUGUCUCGCCCAGGACUCUACUAUAUCUACGCCCAGACCUACUUCAGACAUACCCACCGAGAGGAGGGGGAGGAGGAAGAGGAGAGGGAGCAGAGGGGGAGACCCAUGCUGCAGUAUGUCUAUAAGAAAGUGUCCUCCUACCCAGUACCCAUCCUGCUGAUGAAGACAAGCCAGACUUCCUGCUGGUCCCGGGACUCCCAGUUCUCUCUGCACUCCGCCCACCAGGGGGGGCUGUUCCCAUUGGCUGCCGGAGACCGCCUUCUCGUCACCGUUAGCAACGCCUCAGCCAUCGACAUGGAUGAGAGGAGCAGCUUCUUCGGGGCUUUCCUGGUCAGCUAGAGGUCAGGAGUUAGUCUGCAUGGUGACUCAAGAGGGCUGGAACCUGGGACACACACUGUUUGGGAGCCAUGUGUGAAUACUGACAGACACAUCAUUUGAGAGCUCUGUGUGUGGUUGUGUGUGUGUGUGUGUGUGUGUACAGCUGUACAAAGCUUUAAGCUGUGACUGUGCUGUACAUGUGAGGCGGUGUGAGCGGAGCUUGUGUGGUUAUCCAAUCAUCUUCCACCCUGGUGCCAAUGAUCCAGCCUUCCCUCACGGCUCAUCAAGGUCUGUGCUGACUGGAUGAUUGUGAACGUCUUAAUGCUCUUUUCAUCCUAAAAGGACGAGUCUUCUUCUCCUGUUUAUAUGAACUCAGAGAUGGUUUUAAUGUAAAAAUGAAUGUGGGGUGUUUCUGUGUUAUUACUGUAUGGACAUUGAAUGUUGUUUGAUUGUAGACUAUGACAUAUUCUUAACACAACCCCAAGCUCUCACCUGAGUAACACUGCCUGCAACCACACAUUUAAUUCAGCACUUUUUCACUUUGUUUCACAGUUAAAACGAUUCAGGCUAGGACCCAGGAGGCCCUAGUGUAGCCCAGACCCUCCGUCACUAUGGGAACCAGUGUUAGGACACGGGUAAUGUUGACUUUGCUAAAAUAUGUAUUGAUUCUCCCACCGACAGACAGAAGAUGGAAUGAUAGAUAUAUCCGUAGUUACAGACAAGCAGAGACAGAGGUCUGGACAGGGUUGCCAGUUAAGCCACUUCAGUGGAGGAGAAUCGUCUGCAGAUGUUUUUUUGGCGGUUGAAUUGUUUUACCAUUCAAUCAUGACUCAUGUAAAUCCUGUGUGUGGCUGUGGAAGUGACGUUACCAUGGAGACACAAACACACACUAAAUAUGUUGUCAAUGUUAAUCACUAGUGCUGGAGUCCAACUGCUCUCAUGUAAAUAUGUGUACAAUAAAGACACUAAAAUAGG